CCGGAAGUGACGUCACGCCGAGCGUCGCCGAGACGGAGGGGCCGCGGUGAGGCGGGAGCGGGAGCGGCGGCGGGCAGCUGUGUGCUCUCCCCAGCAGCUCCAGCAGCAUGGCCACAGACUGGCUGGGCAGCAUUGUGUCCAUUAACUGUGGGGAGAGUUUGGGAGUUUACCAGGGCAGAGUUUCUGCUGUGGAUCAGGUCAGCCAGACCAUCUCCCUCACACGGCCCUUCCACAACGGUGUCAAAUGCCUGGUGCCAGAAGUCACCUUCAGGGCAGGUGACAUCACUGAGCUGAAGAUUCUGGAGAUCCCAGGGCCAGGGGACAGCAGACAAUGCGGGGACUCGCAACACAUGGACACGGCCAUGCCAGGGGUGGGCUGCCAGGUGGGGCCCAGCCAGAAUGGCACUGGCAAAGUGCUGAAGAAGCCCAUGUCCAGCAGUGCCCCUCAGAACAUCCCCAGGAGGACAGACAUGAAGAGCCAGGACCUUGUCAUCUCCCCACAGCAGCAGUGCUCCAAGAGCUACAUGGAUCGACACAUGGAAACGCUGAGCCAGUCCAAAGGCUUCCGUCGGAGGCACAAUUCCUGGUCGUCCAGCAGCCGCCACCCCAACCAGGUGACCCCGAAGAAGAGCGGCCUGAAGAACGGGCAGAUGAAGAGCAAGGACGACGAGUGCUUCGGGGACGACAUUGAUGAAAUCCCAGACACUGAUUUCGACUUUGAGGGCAACCUGGCCCUUUUUGACAAGGCAGCUGUGUUUGAGGAGAUCGAGACCUACGAGAGGAGGAGCGGCACCCGCUCGCGGGGCACACCCAGCGAGAAACCCGCCCGCUACCGGCACGACGAGAACAUCCUGGAGUCUGAGCCCAUCGUCUACAGGAGGAUCGUGGUGCCCCAGAACCCCCACAAGGAGUUCUGCACGGACUCAGGGCUGGUGGUGCCCAGCGUGUCCUACGAGCUGCACAAGAAGCUGCUGGCCGUGGCCGAGAAGCACGGGCUGAGCCUGGAGAGGAGGCUGGAGAUGACAGGGGUGUGUGCCAGCCAGAUGGCCCUGAGCCUCCUGGGGGGGCCCAACAGACUGAACCCCAAGAACGUGCACCAGCGGCCCACGGUGGCGCUGCUCUGCGGCCCCCACGUGAAGGGGGCUCAGGGCAUCAGCUGCGGCCGCCACCUCUCCAACCACGACGUGCACGUCAUCCUCUUCCUCCCCAACUUCGUCAAGAUGCUGGAGUCCAUCACCAACGAGCUCAACCUGUUCAGCAAGACACAGGGCCAGCAGGUGUCCAGCGUCAAAGACCUCCCAGACACCCCGGUUGACUUAGUGAUCAACUGCCUGGAUUGUCACGAGAAUGCCUUUCUGAGAGACCAGCCUUGGUACAAAGCUGUGGUGGACUGGGCCAACCAGAACAGGGCCCCAGUGCUGAGCAUAGACCCCCCCAUGAGCGAGAUGGAGCUGGGAAUCGACGCCAAGUGGUCGCUGGCGCUGGGGCUGCCGCUGCCGCUGGGCGAGCGCGCCGGCCGCGUCUACCUCUGUGACAUUGGCAUUCCCCAGAAGGUCUUUCAGGAGGUGGGCAUCAACUACCACUCCCCCUUUGGCUGUAAAUUCGUCAUCCCCUUGCACUCUACUUAGAGGCAGCUCUGAGAGGAGGGAGGAGCUCUGUGAAAUCCAAGCUGGAUCCCGGAUUCUGGUGACGCCUUAAAAAAAUAAAAAAAAGGAUGUGAAGGUGUGAAGCUCUGGAGGGAGGAACACUGUGUGUUUCAAAAGAAAAAAAAAUGGAAGAAUCGUAAAAUGAAACGGAAACAAAAAAAAUCCCGAAACAAACAGAUGAAAAACGAAGCAAAGAAGAAGGAGGAGGAAGAGAAUUGUUCCUGUUUUCGUUCUCUCGUGCCAUGGGUGAAGGAGCAGGACCGUGCUGUCUGUCCCCUGCUGCCGGCACGUGGUACAAAUAAGGGUGGUUUGGAGCUUUGAGAUGUGGUUCUGGUCCUUGUGCUUGGGUAUUCCCAGCAAGGACAUCCUGGUGGGAACAGCACCCCUUGAUUGUGUAGAAAUCCCUUGUGUCGAGGGAAAAAUCUCAUUUUGUUCCCGUGUUGUUUUUGACUGCCCCAUCCCUGGUUUGUGUUCUGGAAGGCAGCUGGAGCUCCCUGUCCUUCCCAACCCUCCAGGGGAGGGUUCCCUGCUUGGAAAGCUUGUGGCAGGAGCACUGAUGUCCUUCCUCAGCUAGGCCUUACUGCUUCUGUACUGUUGGCUUUUCUUUGUUUGCUCUGUGGGGUGGAGGCCUGGUGUGGAAAAGAAUUUUCCAGGAUCCUCGUGGGCUUUGGGGUUGGUUUCUUUUGUUCUUUUCUCCAUGCUGGCCCAGGGAUGGGGGAGUGGGGCAGGGCAGGGUUGCUCUGGGUGGUGCAGGUGAUGUUUUGGUGAGCUCCCCUGCCCUUCCAGCAUCCCUGCUGCAUUUGGUGUGCUUUGGGAAGCAGCUCAUGGAUUGUUCAUUCCCUUUGGAAUCAAAGCCUGGAUGUGGGCUGGGCUGGGCUGCUGUCUUGGCCCCUCUUGUUUGCUGGCAGGAGAGGGCAUGGUGGGAGCUGCUGAGAUCCUGGGUGGGAUUUCCAUCACAAAUCUGCUCUGCUGUUGGACUGCUGUCCCAUGCCCAGCCAGAAAUGUUGGAUUAUCCUCCCUGAGCUCCUUUUGUUGGCCUGGGUGCAGUGAGGAGCCACCAGCUGGGUUUGGCAAUCAGCCUGGGCACCCACCCUGCUGGCACCUGGAGAGCUGCAGCUGCUGGGAGCUGUGCUGCUCCUCUCACACUUCACCCAGCCCCAGGGCUCCUGCACCUGCUCUGGCCUCGGGGACAGCUCCAGGUGCUGCCUGUGCCCAGGGGAGCGGAUCCCUUGGGAGGCUGGAGCCCAGGGAGCAGUCCAGUGUGGGUCCAGCCUUUAGUCAGGCACUCAUCUUUCCUUUCCUCUGCUAGAAAGGCCAGGGCUGUCAGAGGAGGAGGGAAGAACCUUCCCUGCUCGGAAAGAAGCAAUUCCAGGGCCCAGCCUGGGAGUGUGGAGGGCCCAGGAGGCUGCUGAGCACCGGGCUCACCCUGAGCUCUGUCCCCCCUGCACGUUGCCAUAUCUACCUCAGCACGACCAGGAGCUGUGCCCUGGCUGGUGCAGCCCUGGUUCCCUCAGCAGGAGCAGGGGCUGUGCCCUGGCUGGUGCA